CGACACCCGGAAGCCCGUCAUCAGUUGACGCGGCCACUCUUUAAUACAUAACAUCCGCUUCUCCUCCUGCUAGCUCCAGUAACGCCAGUCAUGAUCUUUGACACUUGUUUUAAGCUCAUACAAAGUAGCCUCUUUUACUGUGUGAAAUGCUCGCCAGUCGCUGCUCCUGGUUCGGUCGUGUAGCGUACAGAGGAGGAGGAGGAGGAGAAGGAUGGAGGACACUGACGGGACACGCCGGGUUGAAACGUGCUAACGUCCCGAAGCGCCUUUACCACAGUGAUUUGGGGGACUUGUACAAGAAUGAGUCCGUCCGGAGGUAUCUUCAGCAGCUCAUGGACGAGUACAGAGACGUCAGCAGGAAGCUGGAGAUGGCGUAUCUCAGCGAGUUAGACAGGAAAGUGCUGAUCAAGAAACACACCGAGCUGCUGCCGGUGGCAAACGUGUUUCACAAGGUUGAGGAAGCCCUAAAAGACCUUGAGGAAGUCCUGUCCCUCCUGCACGGCUCAGCUGGUGCCAAGGAGGAAGACCAACAACUGACACAGCUGUUAAAAGAGGAGGAGGCACUAAUAUCCCAGAAGAUUUUUAACUUAAGAAAAGAUUUGAUUAAAUCUCUCGCACCCACUGAUCCUCUUGAUGCCAGUAAUGUUCUGUUGGAGGUCGUAUCUGGACGAACCACAGGAGGUGACAUUUGUCAGCAGUUCACCAGAGAAGUCUUUGACAUGUACCAGGGUUUUGCCUCGUACAAAGCAUGGGACUUUGAAGUUUAUAACUACACAUCUGCUGACCAUGGUUUGCACCAUGCAGCCGUAAGAAUAGCUGGAGAAAAUGUGUACAGACAUCUGAAGCAUGAAGGGGGAACACACAGGGUGCAACGAAUCCCUGAGGUGGGCCUCUCCUCCAGGAUGCAGCGCAUCCACACGGGAACCAUGACUGUCAUUAUCCUGCCUCAGCCAGUGGAGUAUGAUGUCAGCAUUGAUCUGAAGGAUCUUCGCAUUGACACAUUCCGUUCUCGAGGCGCUGGCGGCCAAAGUGUGAACACAACAGACAGCGCAGUGCGCAUAGUUCAUCUUCCAACAGGUAUAACAGCCGAGUGUCAGCAGAGUCGUUCUCAGCUGCAAAACAGAGAAACUGCCAUGUGUGUGCUGAGAGCCAGGCUCUACCAAAGCAUAAUGGGUAAAGCGACUGAGCAAAGGCUUACAGCACGAAAGCAGCAGGUGGGCACACGUUCUCAGUCAGAGAGGAUCCGUACAUAUAACUUCAGCCAGGAUCGUGUUACUGACCACAGGACGGGAUAUGUUACUAGAGAUAUUAAGGAGUUCAUGAAGGGAGGAGAGGGCCUGGACGAGCUGAUCUGUGAUGUAAUUGCACACGCAGAGAGGGAGGCCGUCCUGGAGGUGGUGGAGAGCAGCAGUAGGCUGAAACAAGACUGACUCUCACAUUACUGUUGAAUGGACUGCACACACUGCACACACAGCACUGUGGCUGAAAUACGUGUUUGAGGUUGCAGUUUGUGCUCAUGCAUUAAAAUUGCAGCGCUCUGUAAUAAAGUUUUUAUUUUUGUACAAAAGUAAUAAAA